AUGCGCAAUUUGAAACAUGCACGUAGUUCCGAGACAUUGAAAACAAACAGUCUACUAAAUGUAAAUGAAGGACAAACCGAAACAUCGUCAAAAGGUUGGGCUAGUAGAUUACGACGGUCGCCCUCAGCUGCUUCGUCGAUGUCCCCAUUCUUUCUUAGGAAAAACGUGACGCAACCCGUGCCUAAUGGAUCUAUCGGUGGCUCAAUGUUAAGUAGAUUACGUGAGAUGUCUGUAGGGUAUUCGGACGUUGUACAGCUAUUGAUUUCAAAGAAAGUCACUUUGUUACUACCAGAAGCGAUUGCACUGCCAUCGAUAAAAAUUGAUCGUGCGUUUGUAGAAGAUCAUGUAAUUAUAACGCAGAAAACAGAAGACGGGAUACAGGCAGUUACGUUGAGUGGCCUACGAGCAUUCAUUCGACCGAACAUUUUGAUUGCGAUUGGAGCAAUACAAUCUCAACCGAAUGACUCGCUAUCAGACGAAUCGAUGAAACCAAGGUCUAUCUUUGAUUCAUACACUUUACCCAAGAACCUAUCGGAAUAUCCGACGAUUAAUGUAAUAAAUGACAACGCAGAGUCUAUGCUCCAUGGAAUGAGUAUACAAGGAAUUGUGAUUGCAGCACCGAUAAUACGACAAGAGAUUGCUGAGCAAGUUGCUUUGAUCUGGGAGAUUGAAGAAAGAUUAACUUGGAUUACGGAUCUUCCCGGAAAAUUACCGGGUGAGAUUCAAAGAUUUGUCCAAGAGUAUGGAGAUAAUCGGCCAUUAUCAGAAGAUUUAUGCUCGGAAAAGAUCCAAGAAUUUUAUCAAUAUUGCUACAAUGAAAUUGAGUCCGUGACUGGAUUAACGGAGGCCGCUGAAAGAGAAGUUGAAGCCAAAUUGAGUUGUAUCGAAAAGUUUAUAUGUUCGGUACUGUACACGAGUUUAUUUUGUCCCGAAUGGGGUGACGAUGAACUAUUCGAUGAAGCGCUAGGAUCAAAGAUUGCAGCACUGAAUAUAUUGGAACUAGGUCUUGGCCAUCUUGGUAUUACUGUUCAGCCUCAUCAGCAAGUUCUCUUUGACAAUGCUAUAUGCGCUGCAAGCGACAUAUUUAGUUCACUGGAGACGUUAAAGACGCCCGGUGAGAAACUGGAUAUAUUUGUAAGAUGUCAUCGGAUUGUAGUCGAUACAUUGAAGCAAUGUACAUCAAUUCCAAAUCCAUCCGAGGAUGUUAAACCUGUAGAUAACCAAUUGGCUCCUGUUUCUCAACCAUCCCCAACAGAAGAGAACAAGAAUUCUGCCGCUGACGCUAUAUUUCCCGUAUUGAUAUACAUUCUUGUGAAGGCGAAUCCCAAAAAAUUAAACUCGCAUGUUCGAUUUAUUCAGAGGUAUAGAGCACAAGCACUACUCCAUGGUGAAUCAGCUUACUGUCUAACAAACAUAAUGGCAGCAGUAUCAUUUCUAGAGAAUGUAGAGUUACAAUUAUUGGGCUUAGCAAAGGUGCAGAGUACGAUAAAUGACAUCGAAUCACCAUCAUCACAAAUGCAACCACAACAAUCACCAUUUACUUCAAAAUUAGCAUCAACAUUAACAAUGACAUAUACGUUACCAAUUUCAUUAACGCUUGGUGUAGGUCGUACCAUAGGAUACGGUGUUGCAGGAGCUGCAGGGGUGGCGGGGAGUGGGCUACAUAUGAUAACGGAUGUUGUUGAUACAUCGUAUAAGAAAAUUGGAUGGAUGCUUGGAUAUAGUGAGAAUAAGCCGACUGAUCGCACAGAAGUGGAUCGCGAAGGCAUAGAGACAGAGGCAAUGACCAACGAUAUUAUUGUAGAUAAACCAAAACAGACAUCAGGCGAGACAGUUGUGACCAACUCAUCACCAUCCAUUGUUUUUAAUGAAGAGAACACAGUAUUGACUAUUGAUAAAUCAUCGAUGUCAAAUGAGCAUAAUACAGUAAACACGAAUGAAGCAUUGUUGAUAGACUGCCACGACGUUAAUGUCAGAAAUGAAAAUUUGUGUGAUGCAACUGAAUUAUUGUUAUCGACGUCUAUGGAUGCAGCAUCAUUACAACGGCGUGCGUGCAAUAUAGCGCCACCCAUCAACCGCUUCAUAAAAUGCCCGAUUGAAGAAUUUAAGGUUGUCGAUGUACCUGCCCUUCUACCUACUUCAAUUCACCACCGGCGCUCUUUCCAUGCGACCCCACUGUCUUAUAGUGUAAAGCCGUUCUUGGCUGACGAUCAAGUUCUCAGCUAUACCGAGAAACAUACCAGUCGCGGUCCCGCCUAUAUGGACUACAUCUACACCAACAGUUUACAUGCUUUUCCUGAAGAAGCUAAACAAAUGAUUUCCCGACCUCAAGCGCUUUUCCUGUCAUGGAUAACGCGACUUAUGAAAGCAGAAAAAGUACUUGAGAUUGGAACAUUGCUAGGUUAUAGCACCCUUGCGUUGGCAGAAGGAGUUAAAGAAAGGGAGGAACCUUACGUGCUUAGUCUAGAGAAGGAUCCGAUCUAUGCUAAGCUGGCAAAAAAACAUAUACAAAUGGCGAAAAUGCACAAAAUUGUUGAAAUUAGAUGCGGAAAGGCUUUGGAAACGAUGAACGAGUUUGAUGAUUCGAUGAGAUUUGACUUGAUAUUUCUUGAUGCAAAUAAAUCGGGAUAUACAGAUUACUAUGAUCUCAUCAUGGAGAAGGAUCUCCUCACGAGAAAUGGAUUAUUGGUGGUAGACAAUGUAUUAUUCAAAGGUUACGUACAUCCACGUGAACUGCAGCCAUUCUAUCGGCCUCCGAAGAAAAGAUACUCGAAACAAGAAGAGAAACAGUUAAAGGUAGCCGAAGAAACGGAUGAAAAGUACAGAAAAAUUGGGAGAAGACUGCAGCAUUUCAAUCGACAUGUGGCCGAGGAUCCAACUACUGAGCAGAUGUUGGUGCCGAUGUUUGAUGGCAUGAUGUUUAUUUGGAAGAGAAGACCAGGCAGAAAUGCGUGGGCUGCACAAGAUCUAGAAUAG